CGCUACUGACUUUAUUUCCUGCGCGGUGAACAUAACUGAGAAAAACGUGGCUGUCCAGGAGGACACUAUAUUUAGACAACCAGAGAGACGGCGAUAACAUUUCAGACUGUGGCCAGCAGAUUGUAUCCUGCAAUAUAAACAAUCUCCUCCAUGGGAAACUUCAUACCAGACUGAAGGCGAGAGCCAGAGGAUAAUAAUUUAACUUCUGGAUGCAUUUUUGUCUCUCCCCCUCUCUCCACAUUUCGUCCUCUCUCUCGGGGAUCUAGUCGGAUCCAGUCUGGAUGAAGCGGACUUCUUGGUGCGAGAUAAUCUGCAGAUGAUGUGAGUUAAUGAGGCGGAGAUGCUGGUGGACAAACUCAGACGCGCUCCUCUCCAGCGACUACAGGUGCGCAACAAGUGAGCGAGAGGAGGACAGGACGCAGAAGACAGAAUAAAGGAAGUAGCGGGAGGGAGAGGUGGAAAGUAACCGGGGGAGGAAGGAGAUAAAGCAGAAACAGGUUCACGCUAUGGACACGGGGCAGAGCGCACAGGUCGCCGACAUGGGAGGAGAGCACUCCGCAGGGGUGUGCGUGGUGGAGCGGGACAGGGACCGGGAGAGGGGCGAUGUGUCCAGCCCCUGCCCACCGGCCAAGCAGCGCUCCCUGCGGGUGGUGUACGUCCUGAACGACGGGCUGAAGGCGGUGAUGGCCAGCAGUCCCGAAUCCGGAGCGCUGCAGUGUCUUCAGAGAGCCUGCGACUCGGAGAGCGCACUGCUCACCACAGUUACCUUCGGACGGCUGGACUUUGGAGAAACAUCAGUGCUGGACAGUUUCUACGAUGCAGACAUUGCAGUUGUGGACAUGAGCGAUGUGUUUCGGCAGCCCUCCUUGUUUUACCAUCUGGGUGUGAGGGAGAGCUUCGACAUGGCCAACAACGUCAUCCUGUACCAUGACACCGACCCUGACACUGCCCAGUCACUGAAGGAUAUGGUGGCACAGAAAAACACAGCAUCCAGUGGUAACUACUACUUCAUCCCCUACAUAGUGACUCCUAACCAUGAGUAUAUGUGCUGUGAGAGUGACGCCCAGCGCAGGGCCAGUGAGUACAUGCAGCCAAGCUGGGACAACCUGCUGGGGCCGCUUUGCGUUCCCCUGACUGACCGCUUCACCAGCCUGCUGAAGGACAUCCACGUCACAUCCUGUGCUUCCUUUAAGGACACCCUGCUAAAUGACAUCAGGAAGGCCAGAGAGAAGUACCAGGGAGAGGAGCUGGCUAAAGAGCUUUCCCGUAUCAAACUCCGAAUCGACAACACAGAGGUGCUCACCCAGGACAUUGUCAUGAACCUGCUGUUUUCUUACAGAGACAUACAGGACUACGAUGCCAUGGUGAAGCUGGUACAGACGCUGGAGAUGCUGCCGACUUGUGAUCUGGCCACCCAGCCCAUGAUCCAGUUCCACUAUGCCUUCGCCCUCAACAGGAGGAACAGUCCUGGUGACAGGGAGCAGGCUCUCAGAGUGAUGCUGCAGGUGUUGCAGUCGUGUGAACAUCCAGCCCCGGACAUGUUCUGUCUCUGUGGACGGAUAUACAAGGACAUCUUCCUGGACUCAGACUGCAAAGACACCAAAAACAGGGACAACGCUAUACAGUGGUACAGAAAGGGUUUUGAGCUGCAGCCAACUCUCUACUCUGGUAUCAACCUUGCUGUCCUCCUCAUAGUUGCUGGCCAACAGUUUGAGAGCUCCAUUGAACUGAGGAAAAUAGGUGUUAGGUUGAACAGUCUGCUGGGGCGCAAAGGUUCUCUGGAGAAAAUGAAUAACUACUGGGACGUGGGCCAGUUCUUCACCGUUAGCAUGCUAGCUAACGACAUCCCUAAAGCUACUCAAGCUGCCGAGAAGCUCUUCAAACUCAAGCCGCCUCUCUGGUAUUUGCGGUCAGUGGUGCAGAACUUGCAGCUGAUCCAGAGGUUUAAGAAGCAGACAGUGGAACAUUCUCCUCAGCGGGAGAGACUAAAUUUCUGGAUGGACAUCAUUGUAGAGGCCACGCAGGGCACCACCAAUCGACUGCGGUUUCCAGUACAAACACACACAUAUACACAAACACUCAAACAUGCUCGAUCAGACAUUCAGAGACACAUGCUAACAUGUUUGUCAAUCUUUCUUUUUCUCUUUCUGUUACAGGUGCUGAUUCUGGAGCCAACUAAGGUUUACCAGCCCUCCUAUGUGUCCAUUAACAAUGAGGCUGAAGAGAAGAACGUCUCUAUCUGGCAUGUUUCUCCUGCCGAAACGAAAGGGAUCCAUGAGUGGAACUUCAAUGCAAUGUCCAUCAAAGGCAUUAGUAUUAGUAAGUUUGAUGAGCGUUGCUGCUUCCUGUACGUCCAUGAUAACUCAGAUGACUUCCAGAUCUACUUCUCCACUGAGGAACAGUGCGGUCGGUUCUGCUCCAUGGUGAAAGAGAUGAUAUCUGAUGGUACGGGCAAUGCUGUGGAGCUGGAGGGGGAAGGAGACGGAGAUACACUGGAGUAUGAGUAUGACACCAAUGAGACAGGGGACAGGGUGGUGUUGGGGCGGGGCACCUAUGGAGUGGUGUACGCUGGGAGAGACCUCAGCAACCAGGUCCGAAUCGCCAUCAAAGAGAUCCCUGAGAGAGACAGCAGGUACUCCCAGCCCCUUCAUGAAGAGAUUGCCCUUCACAAAUACCUGAAGCACAGGAACAUUGUUCAGUAUUUGGGCUCUGUUUCUGAGAACGGAUACAUCAAGAUCUUCAUGGAACAAGUCCCUGGAGGAAGCCUGUCUGCGUUGCUGCGGUCUAAAUGGGGCCCGCUGAAGGAGGCGACUAUAAUCUUCUACACCAGACAGAUCCUGGAGGGGCUCCGAUACCUGCACGAGAACCAGAUUGUCCACCGAGAUAUCAAGGGUGAUAAUGUGUUGGUGAAUACCUACAGUGGUGUCCUGAAGAUCUCAGACUUUGGUACCUCUAAGCGUUUGGCAGGAGUCAACCCCUGUACAGAGACAUUCACUGGUACUCUGCAGUACAUGGCUCCAGAAAUUAUUGAUAAGGGCCCUCGAGGAUAUGGGGCCCCGGCUGACAUCUGGUCUCUGGGUUGCACCAUUAUAGAAAUGGCCACUGGGAAGCCGCCCUUUCAUGAGCUGGGAGAACCACAAGCAGCCAUGUUUAAGGUGGGCAUGUUUAAGAUCCACCCAGAGAUCCCUGAGUCCUUGUCAUUGGAGGCCAAGUCGUUCAUCUUGCGCUGCUUUGAGCCAGACCCUCACAAGAGAGCCAUCGCCUCUGACCUCCUAAAAGACACUUUUGUCAGACACAAUGCGAAGGGCAAGAAGAGCAAGAUCGCCUUCAAACCAUCAGACUACAUCCACGUUUCCCUGCCGGUGCAGUUGCAGUGCGAGGCCACCGGGAGCAGCAGCAGUGAACACGGUUCUGUGAGCCCAGACUGUGACUCCAAACACGACGUUUUCUUCCAGAAGAAGAAAAGCUCUGGCUCCGAGACCCAGCUCAAACCCCCCAACUCCAACUACCUGAGUGUUCCAGAUGAGGGUUCGGUAUCGGAGGACCGCAUUGCCCCCCCUUCCCCUGAGGACAGGGACGGUGGUCUGUUCCUUCUGAAGAAGGACAGUGAGAGACGGGCCAUUCUGUUCAAGGUCCUCAAUGACGACCAGGCAAAGGUCAUCUCCAACCUCAAGGAGAACCACAUCCAGGGCAGUGAAGAGCUCCAGCUGUCCGUCGAACACAUCAAGCAGAUCAUCUGCAUCCUUCGAGACUUCAUCCAUUCCCCAGAGAGGCGCGUCAUGGCGGCCACCAUCUCCAAACUCAAGCUGGACCUGGACUUCGACUCCACCUCCAUCAACCAGAUACAGCUGGUGCUCUUUGGCUUCCAGGACUCGGUAAACAAAGUCCUGAGGAACCAUCACAUUAAACCCCACUGGAUGUUUGCUAUGGAUAACAUCAUCCGCCGCGCUGUGCAGGCUGCAAUCACCAUCCUCAUACCAGAGCUGCAGACCCACUUUGGCCCGGCGUCAGAGUGUGAGGGAGCAGAGAAGGAAGACGAAGUGGAUGAAGAAGAAGUAGAGUUUGGUCCUGUUUUAGUUCCUCAAGCUGACGACUCCGGGACGACAGCUGACCCCGCCCACUCCGCGGCCAGCACGCUAAACUCCUCCCACUCCCAGGAGCAUCAGCGCUCACAUCAUCAACUGGGUGCACAGCUGGGGCGGCUCAAACAGGAGACCAACAGGCUGCUGGAGGAGCUGCUGCAAAAGGAGAAGGAGUACCAGCAACUCCUGAAGGCCACACUGCAGCAGAGAACACACGACCUGGAGAUGGUCAGGGUCAGACACAGACCACCAGACAUCUCGCCUCCCUCCAUCUUCCACAUCCCAGCGGACCACGAGCCGGACAAGCAGCUCACUGAUUGGCUGAAAGAGCAAGGGGCAGACGCUGACACCAUAGAUAAGUUUGUGCUGGAGGAAUACACACUGACUGACGUUCUCAGUGACAUUACCAAAGAUGACCUCCACUGUCUACGUCUACGGGGCGGAGUCCUCUGCCGCAUCUGGCGGGCCAUCCAGCGGCACAGAGAGCGAGAGAGGAUGAGGAGCGAUGAACGCUCGGAAGAUGAUGCAUGAUGGGAUACAUGGACUACAACUCUGGAGGACUUCUUUUGCAGAAACAUGCACAGAUCUGCUCGUCUCUCCACGGUGCCUUUUCAUGUUGUAGUCUCAGCGCUGUAUGUACAGGACUGACUGAAUCUUUGUUUGUACAUCUCUAUACAGUGUCACCCUUGACCAGACCAAAGCGCUUUAGUGCAGGCACUACUGUAUGUAUCUGUAUGUGCAUUUAAAUGUGUAUGUGUGCCACAAUGUGUUUAUUCUGAAGAAUUUUGAAAGAAAAAUGCAUCAAACACGGAAACAGUUUAAAGUGAUACUCCACCCAGAAUCAUUUGAGUAUGAAACCAUCACUGUAGACUUAAAACGAUUGAUGGCCUGAUUCUUCACAGCGAAUGCAGGUAUCAAAAUGUCCAUAAAAACUUUCAAACUGCUCUUGUAGCAUAAUCUGUCCAUUCAAAUUCAAAAUGUAUUUCACACAGUGCCAAAAUAUGGUUGCAUUGCUUCCAUCUUACUCUUACCCACUUACUAUUCACAAAUGACUGUUGAACUUGAAUUAGAGUGCCUUCCUUUUGUUAAUCCAUUGGUCACAACUGCUCUAUCCUUCCUCAAAGUGAACAGGCAGAUGGAAAGCAGAAAGACGUUUAUGCUGCAGGAGUGGAUUGACAAGUUUCUCUAAAUGUUUUUAUAUUGAAUCCAAGCACAGCCCCUGUUCCCUGUAAAGAAGUAAACUACCAACUCUCUAUCUGUAAUGUAAUGUAUCAUCAGUAAUAUAAAUUGUAUGGAAAUUGUAUUCAGUCAAAAUAUGAAAACCACUUGUAUGGUCUCCAAGACUUUUAGACUGAUCUAUCUGUCAAACGUCCUUUUGGGGUCUGUCCCCUUGUUUUUCAGCCAAAUUGCAAACUCAUUAUAAAACAAAAAAAAUGCCUCAAACUGUUUCAGGUUGAAUCCUUUUAUCAUUUACUGGAUAAUUAUUCCAAAACUGUGCAAUGAUGAUCUUCCACAUACGACUGGAGAUCUCUGUUGUGUGGAAGUCAAACAAAUUUCAGCUAAAAGCCUAAUGCCUUAAAAUUUGUAACGUAAAAAUAAUGUAGCCACAUUGAGAUAAUUCACUGAAAUUUGCACACACAUCAUGGCUGCCACCACGUCACUGCCUUUACAUUUGUACGCAUGUUUAUUAGUGUAACAUUUCAUUUACAUUCUUAAUGAAGUAACUUUUCUUUUCUCCUCUGCGUGUACCUGCAUUUAAAUGUUUUUUUAUUCCAACUGUUACAUGUAUGUGCUUGUCUGUUUCAUGAUUGCUUUACAACUGCAAUAAACCUGGAAAUAAUGAAA